UUUUUUGCCACAAAGAUGGCAAUAAUAAAAAGAAAAUAUUCCAAAAUAAAAUUUAAUAUUUUACUCCAUUUAUUAUUUUCUUUCCUUUUUAUUUUCUUAUUUACCUCUUUAACUUCUUCAUGGUCUAUUGAAUUUCCAUCUCCUUCAUCUUCUUCAUCUCUUCAGGAAGAAGAACUUCCUUUACAUCCUUUAUCUCCACCUGAACGUCCACCAAAAAAUGACAAAAAAAUAAUUACUAAAAGACAGGCAUAUCAAGUUUAUUUGGGCGGAGAAGCUAGUGUUUCUAUUGAUAAAGGUGCUGAAGAUUCUGGACCUUGGGGUGAAUGGACAAAAGAAAGGGAUUGCUCCCGUUCAUGUGGUGGAGGUGUUUUGAUUGAAAGGAGAUUGUGUUCAGACAAUACAUGCCAAGGCCCAUCAAUUCGUUAUAUUUCUUGUAAUAUAGAGCCUUGUCCAGCUGGCACAAAAGAUUUUAGAUAUGAACAGUGUUCUCAACACAAUGAUGACCCUUUGGAUGGAAAAUAUUAUAAAUGGAUUCCCUAUGCCGGUAAAAACAAAUGUGAAUUAACUUGCCGUCCAGAAAAUGCCAAUUUUUAUUAUAAAUUUGCCGAAAAAGUUGUUGAUGGAACCAAAUGUGAUGCUUAUAGUGACGAUGUUUGUGUUGAUGCUAAUUGUUUACCUGUUGGGUGUGAUGGAAAACUUGGAUCUGUCGCCAAAAAAGACAAAUGUGGUGUCUGUAACGGAGAUGGUUCUGCUUGCAAAACAGUAGAGGGCAUUUUUGAUGAAAGAGGAUUAGCUUUAGGAUAUCACGAUAUUAUAUCUAUACCUGUCGGUGCUACAGCAAUUCAUAUAGAAGAAUUGAGACCUUCCAGCAAUGUUUUUGCAAUUAAAAAUUCUACUGGGGAUUGGUUAUUAAAUGGUAAUUAUCAAAUACAAGUAAUUACAAAAAAUAUUAUUGUUGGAGGAAGUGCUUUUAAAUAUGAAAAAGGGGAUAGUGGAACUGAAAAAUUAACAUCAAACGGUCCAUUAACAGAACCUUUAACAAUCUCUUUGUUACUUCAAAGAACAACAACACCAAAAACUAGCAGUGCUGUUAAAUAUGAAUUUUCUAUACCUUUAGAAAAAGAUAUUAAAUAUUUAUGGAAACCUGGGGAAUGGUCUAGCUGUUCUGUUACUUGUGGAAAAGGUAUUUUGUUGGUGAAUGGGAACCAUGUUCGAGUACCUGUGGAGACAAAGGACUUCAAUUUAGAGUUCUUUACUGUCAUCGUUUUUGCUGAUGGGCGUCGGACAACAGUUUCUGAUGGAAAUUGUACAGAACGAGGAAUUGAAAGGCCAGAAGCUAGAAGACAAUGCAAUAGAUUUCCUUGCCCCGAAUGGCAAGCAGGCCCUUGGUCGUCUUGUUCUUCACAAUGUGGGGAUGCUAAACAAUUUCGUUCUGUAACAUGUAGAAGUGCUAAAGAAGACGAAGGUGGGAAAAUGUUACCUGCUGAUGCUUGUCCGGAUAAAGAUGGAAAGCCUCAAACAGAAAGGGAUUGUAAUUUAGGACCUUGUAAAGGGCUUCAAUUUAAAACUACUGAUUGGGAAUUGUGCCAACGUUGCAAUGACACAGAAGAAAGGCGUAAUGUAACAUGCCAGGACCGCAAUGGAAGAGAAUAUCCUUUAGAAAAAUGUUUGGAAACACAAAAAAUUGGGGCAACAAAAAAGACAGAAAAAGCAAAAAUACCAGAAGAUAAACGUCCCUGUGCAAGCCCAGCCCCGUGCCUUUAUGAAUGGCAUUUUUCUCAAUGGUCGAAAUGCAGUACUGAAUGUGGACAUGGACAUAAAAGUAGAACUGUAUUUUGUGCUAUAAAUGAGCUUGGACAAACAAAGCGCGUAGAUGAAGCUUUAUGUGGAGGUGAUAAACCUAUUUCAAGAGAGGAAUGCCUUAAUGAAGAAAAAUGUGAAGGUGUUUACUUUACUGGACCUUGGUCUGAAUGUUCGGCUUCUUGUAAUGGGGGGAUUCAAACUCGUGCAGUUGUUUGUUUAAAUUAUGACAAAAAACCUGUGCCAGAAUGGUGUGAUGAAAGACUAAAACCUAUUGAACAACAAAUUUGUAACAAUCAAACAUGCCCUGUCUGCUCAGAAAGUGAAUUUGGUUGUUGUCUCGACAAUACAACAUUCGCAACAGGACAAUUCUAUGCUGGUUGUUCUAAUUGUUCAAUUUCUGAAUUUGGUUGUUGCCCAGAUAAUAUAACAGAAAAACAAGGAAAAGACAAUCAGGGAUGUCCUGGGAGUGAAGAUGUUGAAGAGGAAGGUAGUGGAGAGGAACCAAUUGAGGAGGGAGGGAUUAAAGAAGAACUUUGCACACUUGAAAGCCAGACUGGUGAACGUUUGCAAAUUCCUUGUACAACAAUUGCCCCAGCUGUUGUUGUUGGGGAUUUGCUUAAAUCAAAUGUUAGUGAAAAUGAAACUAUAAAUUGUUCUAAAACGGAAUUUGGAUGUUGCCCGGAUUGGUAUACCCCGGCAGAAGGUCCGGAACUUGCUGGGUGUCCAGUCUUUACUUUAGGGACUUGUAAUGAAACUAAAUAUGGCUGUUGUUCUGAUGGUGUUACUCUAUCCCGAGGGCCAGACUUUCAAGGAUGUGGAGAACCUACUUGUGCUGCAUCGCUUUAUGGAUGUUGUAAAGACAGGAGAACAAUUGCUUUUGGGCCUAAUUAUGGAGGCUGUGAACGUAGCAGUCUUUCUUGUGAACUCACCGAGUAUGGUUGUUGUCCAGAUGGUACAACACCCGCUUUAGGCAAAAACGGGAAAGGAUGUGGGGCAAGUUGUUUAUUGACUAGGUAUGGAUGUUGUCCUGAUGGGGUUACACAUGCUAAAGGUCCGGAUAAUGAUGGGUGUGGAUGUGUAUUCUCUCAAUAUGGGUGUUGUCCAGAUGGAAAAAAUUCGGCAAAAGGGCCAGGAUUUUAUGGCUGCCCAGAAAGUUGUGCCCAAAGUAAAUAUGGGUGUUGCCCUGAUGGACAGACUGCUUCUAGAGGUCCAAAUAAGGAAGGAUGUCCUUGCCAAUAUUCUCGUUGGGGUUGUUGUAAGGAUGGACAAACAACUGCUAUUGGGCCCCAUGAAGAGGGCUGUGAUGAUUGUAGAUAUGGAAAGUAUGGAUGUUGUCAAGAUGGGAGUUCAAAAGCUUUUGGUCCAGACUUUGCUGGCUGUCCUACUACAACUCCAGCACCUUAUAUGUUGGGUGGAACUGUAUCUCCUUCAACUAUUGAUCAAGGCCAAGUUUGCUCAUCCAGCUAUAAACUAGCCUGGUAUUAUGAUAUGGCAGAAGCUAGGUGUGCACAAUUUUGGUAUGGCGGUUGUGGGGGAAAUGAAAAUCGUUUUGGAACUCAAGAGCAAUGUGAACAAAUUUGUGUUGAUCCACCAGGACUUGGUCGGUGUUAUUUACCAAAAGUUGAAGGCUCAAAACGUUGUGAACAAUUAACCCCUAGAUAUUCUUAUGAUUACAUUUCUAAACAAUGUACUGCUUUUUGGCAUACAGGAUGUUUAGGGAAUUCUAAUAAUUUUCUUUCUUGGGAAGAAUGUCAGAGUUUUUGUGCGGGAGCGGAUGCAUCACAAGUCCAAGUUAAUAUCGUUCCAUAUCGAGGACCUAUUCCAAUAUCUCCACAACAUAAUCUUCAACCACCUCUAAUUCCCCAACAACAAUUACCCCAACAACCCCCUCCUCCACCCCCACCACCACAACCACCUCAACAACAACCUGUUAUUGCCCCUAUUGUGCCUUCUAUCCCAGAAGAAAUAAAAACAAAGGAAAUUUGCAAUCUUCGGCCAGACGUUGGUAAAUGUGAAGGACAUUUCGAUAGCUUCUAUUAUGAACUAGCUACUGGACAAUGUGAACGAUUUACCUAUUCUGGAUGUGGAGGGAAUGGAAACCGAUUUAAUAGUCUCGAUGAAUGUCAGGCUGUUUGCCUUCGCCGUCACGAUUUCCCUCCUCCUCCAGGCCCACAAACUCCAUUUAAAACUGCUUCGGCAUUUGUUCCUCCAGAACCUAGCCAACCAAUAAUCCCAGCUGCUGCUGGAAGUAUAAUACAAUUAACUGGGAGGGAAAAACAAAAAAAUCAACAAAUUUGUGAUUAUUCUAAAGAAACUGGGUCCUGUAAACAAUUUGUUACUAAAUGGUAUUACAAUAAAUCGGAUGGAACUUGUAAUAGAUUCCAUUAUGGAGGUAUUCUUAAAUUGAAAUUGUUGUUGUUGUACAUAAAUGUGUAG